GGAGCUUCAUCGAAUUCAGGUCGGCCGAUGUGCACUGACGUUACCUGCUUCACUGAACGUCAACGUGGUUUCAUGUGAAUCGGUACUGCAGUUGUUGACUGAACAUAAGAUGAGAAAGAUCCUGAUCAUUGAAUGAGGGUAAAGGUCCAAAGGCAUCGUCUAAUCAAAUGGAUAUUUUUACGAAAGAUCGAAUCAUCAGUCCCCUUGGCAGAAACAUGGUAAUUUUGAUUAGAGUCCAGGAACGAAGAAGGAUACACUGAACAAUUGCUACAAUUUACUGUACCAAGUGCAGCAUGAAGACGCUUACUAUUGUGACAUUCACGCUUUUGGUUAACUCUUUAGGUUGUUACUGUAAUCCAGAUGCCAAGAGGCUUUAUGAUGAUCUUCUUUCUAAUUACAACAAACUGGUGCGGCCGGUUGUCAACAUAACAGAUGCACUCACCGUCAAGAUCAAACUUAAACUAUCGCAGUUAAUUGAUGUUAACCUCAAGAAUCAGAUUAUGACAACGAACUUAUGGGUGGAACAGACAUGGUAUGAUUACAAGCUUACAUGGAAUCCUAAAGAAUAUGGAGGUGUUGAGAUGUUGCAUGUUCCUUCAGAUCAUAUUUGGAGGCCAGAUAUUGUAUUGUACAACAAUGCUGAUGGCAACUUUGAAGUAACUUUGGCGACAAAAGCCACCUUAAACUACACAGGUCGUGUGGAUUGGAAGCCACCUGCUAUAUACAAGUCUUCCUGUGAGAUAGAUGUUGAAUACUUCCCGUUUGAUGAACAAACAUGUAAGAUGAAAUUCGGCUCUUGGACCUACGAUGGAUACCAGGUACACUUUGAUGAAUCUGCUAGUUUGAUAAGAAUUCAGGUUGAUCUGCGACACUUGGACGAGGUGAAACACUCAGCAGUUGUAGAUAUUGGAGUCGAUUUAACAGAAUUUUAUACUUCUGUUGAAUGGGAUAUACUGGAGGUACCAGCAAUCAGGAACGAAAAGUUCUACACCUGUUGUGAUGAACCUUAUCUCGAUAUAACGUUCAACAUCACGAUGCGAAGAAAGACUUUAUUCUAUACCGUGAACCUGAUAAUACCCUGCAUGGGAAUUUCAUUUCUCACCGUUCUUGUGUUCUACUUGCCAUCUGAUAGUGGUGAGAAGGUGAGCCUUUCCAUCUCGAUUCUGUUAUCGUUAACUGUGUUCUUCCUACUACUGGCUGAAAUCAUUCCUCCAACAUCACUUGUGGUUCCAUUACUGGGGAAGUUUGUACUAUUUACUAUGAUUCUGGACACAUUUAGUAUAUGUGUUACAGUCGUCGUUUUGAACGUACAUUUUCGCUCUCCACAAACUCAUGUGAUGUCCUUGUGGGUUCGACGAGUUUUCAUCCAUAUUCUUCCAAGAUUGUUGGUGAUGAGAAGGCCUCACUAUCAAUUGGAUCGAAGCUCAAAUCACAGGGUUAUGAUAAGAACAUGCAAUGGUUUGGAACUUAGAGACGUCAAGUACCUGGAUGAGGAGGAUCCUGAUGAUACUCUAGGUGUUUUUCAAAGUGGAAGUUCUAGAGAUGAAUUAACCCCUAGGGAAGUGGAAACAAUUUCUAUUCACCGCGGCGGCAUGCGGGACGAUAUACCAUCUCCAAUAUUCCACUUGGAAGAAGCAGUUGAAGAUGCACUUUGUAAAAGUACUUUGUACUGGUGCGAGUGUCCUGAGCUACUAAAGGCUAUUGAUGGAGUGAGAUUCAUUGCGGACCAUACCAGACGAGAGGAGGAUUCGACAAAAGUAAAGGAAGAUUGGAAAUACGUAGCGAUGGUACUAGACAGACUAUUCCUAUGGAUAUUUACAUUGGCUGUGUUAGUGGGUACAGCAGGAAUCAUUCUGCAGGCGCCUACACUUUACGACGAUCGCAAGCCGAUCGAUGUUAGGCUAUCUGGAAUUGCAUCCACUACUGCGAAACCAUUUCUGGCAAUUCCUAAAUAAAAACUUAAUUAUGUAAUAGCUAGUUAUGCGAGCGUAAAAAUUACUUGUUUUGUUCAACUAGUGUCCAUCAGCAGGUUAGUAGUAGGACAUACUGUGUGUUCGCAGAUUCAGUUUCUUGAUUGUGGUGACAUCACAAGCGUUUGGCUUAGGCGUCCAGUGUAAGCUAUAUAUUUUGGAAUUUUAGCGCUUCUGCUGAACUGUAGAAAAAGAGGCAAGCUUGCUAGUUUUGUGUUUGCGAGCUAUCAGUUUCAGAUCUUAGAAAUGAACGGAAUCAAGUAAAGCUUUGUUAAAUAUUCAUAUAU